AUGAACAACACUGGUUUUAUGGAACCCGGCGCCCCUUCGACGGUAGGUGUAUCGGGCCCGCCUACCAAGAAGCAAAAGCGAACGAGUCCGCCAGAUACUGUCUCAGUUGUUCCAAUGUCGCGUAAAGGAAAGGCCUGUUCGAGCUGUCGCAAGUUAAAGAUCAAGUGCGAUUCCGCCGAUCGAGACAUGGGCAGCUGCUCACGCUGUCUUCGACUCGGUGUGCAGUGCAUUCGUAGACAGCCAUGGAUACAUACGGAGAACGGAGAGGGAUGGCAGCAGCAGACAAACAUUACAAUAUUCAAGUUGGAAAGGGCCCUAGAGGAUGUUUUGGAAAAGUUGAACAUGCCCGCGUUGGAUAUGUAUGCACAAACGCCCAUCGUCGAACCUGUCCAGUCUCCGCGGUCGACACGCCAGAAUUCGCAAGAGCCAGCUAUUGCUAUACCAAAAAGAGGCGAUCGCGAUGUCUCACCUGGUCCGAUGCAGAGUCUAAUUGAGGCCACUAGAUUAAAUGGUCUUUUUAGUCAAUUGCGUAGCGGGAAGCAAAGGCGGAAAGGCGGCAUGCGGCGCAUGGAUACAGACUUGAUUUCAGAAAAGGUCAUCACAUAUGAACAGGCCGAAGAAAUGUUUGAAGUAUUCAAAGCCCUGCUAUCGCCUCGUCUAUAUUCCGCAACAAUCCCGCCAGACGCUACUCUGGAAACGGUCCGCACCUCCUCUACGGUACUAUUCACUGCCAUAAUACUUGUUAGUGCGCUGCACAUAUCUGGCUAUGAACAAAUACACGAAAUUUGUCAUGGUCGCUUCCUCGGGCUGGUCUCGUCAGCGAUCUUUGACCGCUUCCACACACUAGACGAUAUCCGUGGGCUCUGCAUUGCAGCCUUUUGGCGACCCGAUCUUAGCUGGAAACUCAGUGGACUUUGUAUUCGAAUGGCCACCGAAUGCCAUCUCCACCAUGCAUUUUACGAGGCAUUUUACACGCCUGACAUUACCGAAGAUGCCCUUCGUGAAUCGCUUGAGAAAACGAGGUUGUGGUACCUUCUCUUCGUCCUUGAUCACCAGUCAAGCAUCGCUUACGGCCGGCCGCCUGUGAUGGCAGAGCUGAGGCCGAUCAAGGACUACGAAGUAUUACUCAACUCGCCGUGGUGUACAGCGCAGGAUCGUGCACUCAUCGCGCAGGUGACUGGAUUCGUCAUUCUUAGCAAAGCCUUCGAAACUUUUGGUCUUGAGCCAAGACGGACGAUGAGUGGUGACGAUGCAUCAGUUUUGACACACUAUCGAUUUACGGAAGAUGUCCGUGCGUGGAGAGAACGUUGGCAGACUUUACGAAGUGUUGAAUCCUACAAUGGGAAGAAUCAGCUACCCAGCGGAGAAAUUGACUUGCAUUUUCAUUUUAGCGACUUGGUACUAAAUUCGCUAGUCCUCCGUGGACGACCACUAGCAAACUUGCAUGAUCUACCAACCAGUUUGCGACCGCUCACAUUGCGAGCGAUAGAAGCGGCCCAUGCGCUUCUUCGACAUUUUAUCGAAGAUCCUGGAUCCAGAGAAGGUCUCGUAGGCAUGCCGCUAUAUCUUCACUCCAUGAUCGCAUUCGCUGUGGUAUUCCUGGUAAAAAUGUCACAUUGCUGGCACAUAAUUGGCAUCACCAUCGAUCCCGCUCAACAAACAAGACCGUUGAUUGAAGAGACUAUAAAGUUCCUGAGAAGUUGCAAGGCAGGGGCCAAUCAUAUGGUUUUCAGUAUGGCGAAUGGGUUUGAUAGAAUGCUCAAGCAGGCGUCUCGACAAGGCAGGAUGCAGCCUAACCAUGGGGAUAUUCCAGCUGCAAGAACUAUGCAAUGGGCAAAAGAUUCUGAAUUAGACCGCAAUAGGUCUUCGUGGGGUCUCCCAGACGAAUCUUCGCUUAACCAGAGUCAUGCUUCGCCUACCUCAGCUUACCUGUUAGAUGACCAAAGACGAGUGGCUUAUAAUUCAAAUGCCCCGCCAAAUGACACAGCCCAGACAUAUCAUAUGCAGCAAAAUUCUGAAGUCUCCCCAUAUGAGAACUGGGACUUUCAAGAUGAGGAGCUGUGGAGUUUGGCCAUGGGCUAUGACCUACUAGCUCCUGGCGGCGAAGGGCUACCCAACACAGACUUUCCUUAUUUGUUCGUUCGAUGA